GCAGCCACGCCCGCGGUCGGCGCAUGCGCGCGGUGCCGUGACGGAGCGGAGAGCGGCGGAGCGAGAUGGCUGAGGUGGAGGAAACUCUGAAGAGAAUCCAGAGCCAAAAAGGAGUGCAAGGAAUCAUUGUUGUUAAUUCUGAAGGUAUUCCCAUCAAAAGCACCAUGGACAACUCCAGCACCAUUCAGUACGCAGGGCUGAUGCACAGCUUCAUCCUGAAGGCACGGAGCACCGUGCGGGACAUAGACCCCCAGAACGACCUCACCUUCCUCAGGAUCCGCUCCAAGAAGAACGAGAUCAUGGUUGCACCAGAUAAAGACUACUUCCUGAUUGUCAUCCAGAACCCAACUGAAUGAUUCCACUGACUUGGUCUGCUUUUUUCCCUUUGCCCUUUGUUCUUUUAAUUUAAUGGUAAAGAAUAGAGCAUUAGUGUUAACUCUGCUGUGCCACUUCAAUAAUGUCUAGAAAAACGAAAGCAGCUGUUUUGUUGUUUACAAACUGAAAAAAGUGGCUUCCUUUUUUUUUGUAUCUCAAGUUGUUUCAAGGAGGAGUGGGAGAAUUAGAAUCAGGCAGUAAAAAAUGCAACUAUUUUCAAUAGUUAAGAAGAUAAUAUAAUAAAAUCCUAAUAAUGGUCUAAAAAAGAUUAUUCUUUGUAUAUCUCCAUGCUUCUGUCACCACUAUUUGAGACACAUUUUUACACUGUUACUUUGAAUGACUGUAAAUAUGAAACUUGCCUAUCCUCUGCUUCUGUCUUUUUCUGUUGGUUUUACAAGCUACUUUGAAAAAAUCUCUCCAUAUCAUUAAAAAGUGUCAUCAGUGA